UAUAAGAUAUAUAGAGAUUGCAUAAAUUAAAAAAUAUAUAUAAAAAUGAAAACGCAUAGGGAAAAGACAUGUAAUCUUUAAAUACAUGACAGUUAGACAGACAACUAUGUUCCAUGUUGACAAUCUCUAAACUGUGGCACUGAAAACUAAAAGUAAGAUAUCUUCAAUAUGCUGAAAGAGAUUAGCAAAUCUUCUGCCUUAACAGUCUUUGCACAUAAGAGUCAUUCAAUGAGAAUCAAAUGAGAGAGAUCAGUUUGGGUUUAAAUUAAACAAGAUGGGGGGGGCACCUGGGUGGCUCAGUCGGUUGGCCGAGGGACUACUGAUUUCAGCUCAGGUCAUGAUAUCCUGGCUUGUGGAUUCAAGACCUACCCUCAAGCCCCUAGUUAGACUCUGGACUCCACACACUGUCCUGGAGCCUGCCUGGGGUUCUAUCUCUAACUCUUUCUCUGUCCCUCUCCUGCUUGAACUCUCUCUCUCUCUCAAAAUAAAUAAACUAAAAAAUUAAACAAGAUCAUAGGAGAGAGGUGGCGUAAAGACAUUUGAUUUCUCAAAUAUAACUUCUUACAGUUUUCCUCUGUCCAUUCCUUGCCACAAUUUCAAGUCCAGGAGUCUGACCUCUCUUCUAGCCGUCUUCGUUUCUGGUGACAUUCAUUUCUAGUCUAGUCUUAGUCACCUAAGAUCAUGGUCACUUUCUGGAGACGGUAGUCUCUCAGAACUACAUCAUCUCUGAAAUCACAAAAUCAAGCACACUCCUAAUGUACAGCUUACAUUCUUUAAGGGCUGCAAUCACUAUUUAUACCAAUAAACCCCAAAUUAGCUUCUACCCCUCAAACGUCUCUUCUCAACUUUAUUUAUAUAAUGUAGGAUCAUUUAUAGAACUAUUUAUAUGGGAUGCUCUAUGGAUAAUUCAAACUCAACAUGUUUUAAAUUAAAAUUUUUCCUUCCUCAAACCUAAACAUUACCUCCAACUCUAUACCUGUUCCUUUCUUCUCCUCUUCCUGUUUUUUUCUAUCAGUUAAUAGCACCGACAUUCACUCCAUUCCCUAAACCUGAAAAAAGGUACAUUUACUUCACUUUUUCUUAUCAGACCUCCUCCAUGUUUAAAUCUGUCACACAUCCUGUAAAGUUAUCAUUUUUUAAAAUGCUUAUUUUUGAGAGAGGGAGGGGGCAGACAGAGAGGGAGACAGAAGAUCCAAAGCAGGCUCUGCACUGGGCUCAAACUCCGGAACCAUGGGAUCAUGACCUGAGCCGAAGUUGGAUGCUUAACCGACUGAGCCAUCCAGGCGUCCCUUGUCAUCUUUUUAAUUCAAUCUUAUUAUUGCAUUUCUAGUUGAGGUUAAUAUCAUCUCCUUUUAUAUUUAAAAGCCUUUAAAACAUUGCAUUUCCACUGAUGUAGAGUCCAAAUGCCUUGGCAGGGCUUACAAAAUAUUUGCUUAUCUCUCCAGUCUCAGUUCUCAUUUCUUUCCUCUUGCUCUAUGGCUCAGCCAUAUUGAUCCUAUUUUAGUUAUUCCAAAACAGUUCUGUCAUCUCAGAUUUGUACAAGUGUUUUUUGAAAUUGUCUGGAAAUUUUACUUAACCCCCAAUUUUUGUUCCAGGAAAGUGUUUCCUGUAUUUCCAAAUUCUGGUCAGAUGACCCUUAUCUAUGUCAUUAACAAUAGCAUAUGAACUUUUGCUAUCAUGGUAUUCAUUAUGUUCUUUUUUUAAAUGUGUAAUCACUUUUCUGCCUCCAUCUUUCAGGACAGGAACUAUGUCUGUCUGCUUACCACUGUAUCGCUAAUACUCACUACUAUUCCUAGCACAAGUUAUAUGCUCAAUAAAUAUUUGCUCGACAAAGUAAUGAAUAGAUGAGUAAAAUAUUUAUAAUUAUGCCUCUGUAAGGCCUGGGUCUACAAAAUAGGUUUAUUUUCCACAACUAAACUUGGAUCUAGUUUGUUCAACUUUUUAAUGUCAGAAACUCGACAUAUCUUACUUUAUUAACUACUGUUGAGUAUUUACUUUCUACUGCUGACAGGUAAGUCUCCUACAGAGUAUCCCUAAGUAAAUAGUACUAUUUACUGAACCUGACAUGCCCAGCCUCCCCAAAGCAACUAUUUGCAUGUAUCAGUUUCAGUUACAAAUGCAUGAUCUUAUUGUCUUUUCUAAGAGACUUUGCUGAUAGCUAAAGAAGACUAAAGCCUCUGGUUUCCCUUUCCUUUCCAAUUUUCCUGGGAACGUUCUGCUUACAAAAUCAAUUACAUGAAUCCACUUAACUAUUUGUAGUUAUUUUAUACAUUGUCUUCAAAGAGAGAUCAUAACUUACUUGAAUUGGGGGCUAUAUCUUACAUAUGAUUUUUGUAUUCACCCAGCUCUUAACAGAUUGUGGUUUAUUCUGUUAAAGACUGAAUAGUAAUAGCAUCGCAUAUCACAAAGAAUGCAACUCAGAAAAUAAGAAUAUAGGAGAAAGUGUAAUUUAAAUUAAUCAAUACAGAAGAUAAAUUAAUAUUUUGUCUCACACUUACUUGACUGUUUAAAACCUGAGAAUCUGCAGUCGCGUGGUGGCGCUGCAGGAUAAGAUGGGGACUUUUCUGUAUCAUCAAAUGCUCUGGUCUCCAUUAGUCAGUGGAACUGAGAGCACAGGAGAAGCAGGAAGGGGGAAAAGAGGAUUUCAAGAGAAAGCUAAGGAACCAACAACACCUUUGUGGCAGGAUUACAAGUCCACAGAUUACCAGUGGUCCAGGCUGAUAGAUGAGAGGAGCAAUUUAGGAGCUGUUUGCGACUGAGUUGAAACAUUUCUGCAAAAAGACGUUUGGCUAAGGAGCCAUGGAGUCAGGAGAGAGGUGCCCUCAGCAGAUAAGGCAAGUGCUGCUUUUCUUUGUUUUCCUGGGAGGGUCUUUGGUGUGUUCAGAGCCCUGGCGCUAUUCUGUAUCAGAGGAAAUGGAAAUUGGCUCCUUUAUAGCCAAUGUGGUGAAAGAUACAGGUUUGGGUGUUGAAGACUUGGUUGCACGGGGGGCAAGAGUCAUCUUUGAUGACCAUAAACCAUAUUUACAGUUGGAUCAGCAGACUGGCAACUUGCUCUUAAAUGAACAACUGGACCGGGAGGCACUUUGCCAUCUCACAGAACCAUGCAUAUUGCAUUUCCAGGUAUUAUUUGAAAAUCCUUUACAGUUUUUUCGGGCUGAGCUUUGGGUCAAUGACAUAAAUGAUCAUACCCCUGCAUUCCUAGACAAACAUAUACUUCUGAAAAUCUCAGAAGGUACUGCUCCAGGAGCCUCAUUUCCAAUGGACAGUGCCCAGGACUUGGAUGUAGGAAAGAAUGGUGUCCAAAACUACACAUUAAGCCCCAAUCCUUAUUUCCAUCUUAAAUUACAAGACAGUGAUGAUGGAAGAAAAUACCCAGAGCUGUUCCUGGACCAAUCUCUGGAUCGAGAAAAGGAAUCUGAGUUUACAUUAAUUGUAACAGCUUUGGAUGGCGGGUCCCCGUCCAGGUCUGGAACUACACUUGUUCGUAUUUUGGUCUUCGAUAUCAAUGACAAUGCUCCAGAGUUUGAGAGGUCUGUCUAUGAGGUUCAGGUACCAGAAAACAGCCCUCUAGACUCCUUGGUCGUUAGGGUGUCUGCUACAGAUUUGGAUGCGGGAAUAUAUGGAGAACUAUCAUACUCAUUUUCCCAUGUCUCCAGAGACAUACGGAAAACAUUUGAAAUCCAUCCAAUUUCUGGUGAAAUCCGCUUAAAAGCGCUUCUGGAUUUUGAAUUAAUUCAGUCAUUUACAAUAAAUAUUCAGGCAACAGAUGGUGGUGGCCUUUCGGGAAAAUCAGCAGUUUUAGUUCAGGUUGUGGAUGUGAAUGACAACCCACCAGAAAUAGUCAUGACAUCUCUUACCAGCCCCAUACCAGAAAAUUCGUCGCCUGAGAUGGUGGUCGCUAUUUUCAGUGUAAGAGACCAAGAUUCUGGGGACAACGGGAGGAUGGUGUGCUCAAUUGAGGACGAUCUCCCCUUUCUCCUGAAGCCUACCUUCAAGAAUUUCUACACUCUGGUAGCAGGACUCCCACUGGACAGAGAAAGCCAGGCCGAGUACAACAUCACCAUCACCGUCACCGACUUGGGGACCCCCAGGCUGAAAACGCAGCACAGCAUAACCGUGACGGUCUCCGACGUCAACGACAACGCCCCCGCCUUCAGCCAAACCACCUACACCCUGCGCGUCCGCGAAAACAACAGCCCCGCCCUGCACAUCGGCAGCGUGAGCGCCACGGACAGGGACUCGGGCGCCAACGCCCAGGUCACCUACUCGCUGCUGCCGCCCGCGGACCCGCAGCUGCCCCUGGCCUCCCUGGUGUCCAUCAACGCGGACAACGGGCAGCUGUUCGCGCUCAGGUCCCUGGAUUACGAGGCGCUGCAGGCGUUCGAGUUCGGCGUGCGCGCGGCCGACCGCGGCUCGCCCGCGCUCAGCAGCCAGGCGCGGGUGCGCGUGCUGGUGCUGGACGACAACGACAACGCGCCCUUCGUGCUGUACCCGCCGCAGAACGGCUCUGCGCCCUGCACCGAGCUGGUGCCCAGGGCGGCCGAGGCGGGCUACCUGGUGACCAAGGUGGUGGCGGUGGACGGCGACUCGGGCCAGAACGCCUGGCUGUCGUACCAGCUGCUCAAGGCCACGGAGCCCGGGCUGUUCGGCGUGUGGGCGCACAACGGCGAGGUGCGCACGGCCCGGCUGCUGAGCGAGCGCGACGCCGUCAAGCACAGGCUGGUGGUGCUGGUCAGGGACAAUGGCGAGCCGCCGCGCUCGGCCAGCGUCACGCUGCACGUGCUGCUGGUGGACGGCUUCUCGCAGCCUUACCUGCCGCUCCCGGAGGUGGCGGCGGCCGAGGCGCGGGCCGACCCGCUCACCGUCUACUUGGUCGUCGCCUUGGCGUCCGUGUCGUCGCUCUUCCUGUUCUCGGUGCUGGUGUUCGUGGCGGUGCGGCUGUGCAGGCGGAGCCGGGCGGCGUCUGCGGGUCGCUGCUCGGGGCCCGAGGGCCACUUUCCGGGCCACCUGGUGGACGUCAGCGGCACGGGGACGCUGUCCCAGAGCUACCAGUACGAGGUGUGCCUGCGGGGAGGAUCGGGGACCAGUGAAUUCAAGUUCCUUAAACCCGCUAUCCCCAACGUCUCUCCCCCAGAAGGUAAAAUGGAGGAAAGCCACACCUUUCUGAAUGGCUUUGAGUUCAUUUAGGGAUUUGAUUACUCUGCAGAACUUUUAGAGUGAGUGCUAUUUCUUUGUAAAAUAUGUUCAUUGUAAUGUAAAAUUCUUUGUUUUGGGUAACUUCAUUUUACUUAAGAGUUUCCAGAAGUUUUGAUGAAUUUUCUGCUAUCUACUUUUUAAAUAUUAACUGUGGAAAAACUAAGGGAGCUAGGAUUUGCUUAGACUUUCUUCCAAAAUGCAACCUCAAGUAAUUUAUUCAAAUAUACAGCAUUUUCCCUUCAAGCUUAAUGGUACACUGGGUUCAGUCAUAUUCUCUGGGUGUCUAAGCUGUAGAUCCUCUCACUGAAACUGUUUUUAUAUGUUUGAUAGAGGAAAGUGCAUGAUAUAAAUAAAAACCAUGCAUGGUUUCUGAGAUGUUAUCUUAUUUAGAUUUUUUAAAAAACCAUAAUCAAUUUUGCCAAUCUUUCCAACCAAAUAUUUGAGUAAUAUUUCUGCAUUUAGGUAUUUUUCUUUGUAAACACUUUGGAACUGUAUAUAUUGCUGGAAGAUGUAUUAUAAUAAAUUUUAAUCUUGUUUGGAUUAAGAUACAUAUUCAGCCCACACUUCUUGUCUGAGAACUUCCUGGGACUUCCCAAGGCAGGUAAUCACUGUUGAGAUGUUUAUUAUACUUUUCUUUACCUCUCUUGGCCAUUUUUGAUUAGCCUAGUAAUAGACUCCUGAUUAAAGUAGGCAUAGUCACAUUCUCCAAGCCUCUAAAUUUCUACUUAUGAUGUAGUUCAUCUAUUUUUUUUCUUGAUUGCUUGUAACUAGGAAAUAAAUAUUAAGUAUGGGCUGAGGUAGCUAUGUUAUACUUGUGUAAGCUGGCAGCACAGAGUGGCAUGUAGAGAGGGAAGAAAGAAAGGAGGACUGGAAGGAAAAUGAGAAGGAAUAAGGGAGUGGUGGAGGCAGAAGCCUAAGAAACAGAAGAGACUAAGAGCCAUUUGAUUCUAGGCAUAGUUCCUGAUUCCAGUGUUCCUAAGUCCCUAAUUUCUAAUUGUCCUUCACAUUUGCAGUGAAACUCCAGUUCCCUAAUAAUAAAACUCCUUUAUUUAACGCAUCUUGGGGAGAAGGCAUUUGUUGAAACCAAACUCUUUUGGAAUGAUACAUGCAAUUUUGAGUAUUCAAUUAGACUACCAUAAACUCUGGUCUUUUACUGCAGGUUUUUAAUAUUAACUUAAUGAAUGGGAUAAAAAUGUACAAGCUUAGAGAUAACUAAUUUGUACUAGAGAGUUUUGUUACAAAACUUAAUUUUGUAAAUAAUUUAUAAGAUCUUUCAACUUAAAGAUGUUAUAAAAUGUUUUAUGGAAUAUUUUGUUAACAGGUAUCCCUACUUUUUUUAAAUGUGCUUCAGGAUUAGUUUUAAAAAGUAACAUUGAAUUUGUUAUUGUUUGGAUAUCUAUACAUCAAACCUUCCUUAGCAUCUCUUUUAAAAAUAACUAAGUUCAAUGUGAACAGAAUUAUUUUAUCAUUUAAUGUAAAAUCUUCAGAUCUAUAAAUAAUCCCAUUUAUAAAUAAUAUGGGGUAAUUCAUGAUUUCAUUAGUAGUAAUUUGAUUGAUGCUAGUCUAUUACUAGAACUUUCAUGAAAAAAAUUUCAAGCUUUCUACCAAGUAUAUGGGCUUAAAAUGUUCUUCUCAGAAGAGAAAAUAAUGAGAAAAUUUAUCUGAGAGAUGACAAAUGGGAAUGAAAAACUAAUUUUGAUCCAUUAAUUUACUGAUACAGGUACCAGCAUCUACCUAUUAAUAUUUUUUAAAGUGCAUGGACAUUAAGGGCACAUUUUCUUGGACUUUUGAUUCUAUAAUAAAGAGUUUGAUGCAUGACCAACAUCUUUCUAUGAGGAAAAUUAUCAGAUUUUAAUUGUUACCAGCAUGUUCUCACAUUUUGGAUU